UAGUGGGGUUAAUAAGGCUUUCAAGCUAGGUAAGCAGUGUCUCUAAUAAUAAAGUACGCUCGGUACGUCCCGUCAUCCCAUCAAUAAGCAAUUGCUGCCUCAGGAUACCAAGUAAUAGUACCUACCUACCUUACCUUGCCAGGAAUUUUUCGGCAACUCAAUUGAUUCAUUUAUUUUCUAUUUAUUACCUCACCCCCAAGUACAAAUACUUUCCUUUCAUUACUCCCGAAUAUCAGUUAAUGUAUGCUCUCUUUUUUCACCCUUCCUCCCUCGCAAAUGUUUGUACUGACCAAAGUUCAUUAGAUUGUAUAUUUCUUCUAACAAUCCUACCCCUCCGAUAAUGGCAUUCUCACGAGCAGCUAUCUUGCGCAACUUGCGCAACUUCCGAGGUAGACCAACCCUAGCUCGCCCCCAGGUCAACCAAGUCGCCAGAAGAACCUAUGCCAGUGGAGGUCAUGGACAUGCCAAGGCAGGUGGUGAUGCAGUUUGGUGAGUGUUACUUUGCCAUGUCAUAUCCUAAAUUCUUGACAGAACUCAUAACUAAUACAUCACACUCUAGGGCUGCCGGAGCAGUAGCUGUCACAGUCCCAACAUGUUGGUUCUUGAUCUCAAACAAACCAGACAACUCUCACGGCCAUGGAGGACACGGUGACAGCCACGCACAUGUUGAAGAGCAUGAGAAAGAGCACGAGGAAGAGGAGAAGCCCGAAGAAAAAGAAGAAGAUAAGACAGCCGAGGCUGAGGAGAAGACUGAGGAUAAAGAAGAGUCUAAGGAGUCUGAAAAGACUGAUGAACCUGAUAGCGAUAACGGCGCUAAGGAACAAGAUACGCCAGCUACUUCUGACGAUGAGAGCGUUGAAGACACAGAUAAAAACAUUCGCAAGUCAUUUCCCGACGCAAAGGGGGAUAAGAAGGCUCGGUUAGAAAGCAAGCAGGCUAUCAAGCAAGGCGAGGACAACUCACCACCAAAGGAGGAUGAACCAGAGGACAAGGUAUGCUGAGGCGUGUUAAAUGAUGGUGUUCGAGGCUAACAUCCCGUUUCAAGCCCCGUGCUUCAAAGGAGGCUGGAGGCAUGAACACUCAAUCUGGCAAGCAGGAAGGUCUUUCAAAUACCGAUACUAAACACUCCACCGAUAUCACAAAUAACCCAAGCAAAAGCCAAAAGCUUGAAGGUGCUCCCGAGAGUGCCAGACUCAAAGGGACCGUCGACCCAGCCCGUUCCGAGGUAUAAUCUACUUUUAAUUUAGAAUCUAUGAAAAUGCCGCGCGUCCUCAAUGCUGUAUGCUCACGAGGAUAUAGCCUUUCCUUGCGAAUGAAAUGAGCUAUGCUAACGAUGAUCCCAGGAUAAGAAAGAAUCCGAUUCUUAAAUUUGCAAGUCCAUGGUCACGAUACAGGCACAAUAAUGUAUCAUGUACCUCGCCGUAAUUGUACAUAAUGUAUCAAAAUUCUUCACAAAAGCGCAAUGGUAGAUUUUUGUGGAAAUUUUCGUGGACUACAGUUCUUAUUUUUACCUUCUCUUCCGCAAUUUGUGCACUUCCCUAAUGAGUUAACGCAAUGUCAAAGUUGGGCGACAGGUUUAUCAAACAGCUACCGUGUUGUACCUGUAUUUGAUUGGAAAAGCAUAGGAGGCAUGAAUUGAUAAUGAAAAAGCUGUUGCAUACUGGGUUGUUACUC